AUGAGCGACGACAACACCAACACCGCAACGACCGACACUACUGCUAUGGCCACCACGCCGGCCGCUCUAGCGGAGCUAUUCGAAAAGGCUGAGGCCGGCUUUCCACCGCGAUUUCGCGAGCAUGGAUGGUACCUGACCGUCAUUGCCUCGCUAAUAGGGUCCGGCCAGCAAAAGGUCGCCGGUAGCCUCUACACGCACCUGAUCGCCCAGUCCCAGUACCAGACGCCUGCCGAGCGCCAGACCCUCGUCCGCCGCUUGCGCGAGGCAAUGGUCAAGUGCAUCAUCAUCAACGGCAUUCCGGUCGUCAUUGAGGCCGUCACGUCCGUCUCGGACGUCGAAAGGCCUGAGGACAGGGACCUCUCAUGCUCGCGCGAGGACUGGCAGAUCGGGUCCGAGACGUCGGAGCGCGCCGCCGCCGUGCUCAAGGUGCUGUACAAAAGCGAGAAGGGUGGUCACGUCAAGACGCUGCAGGCCCACAAGGAUAUCCCCUGGAUCUCGGUCAACGUGUCGUACGGUCUUUUCCUCUCGGACCACCGCAUCCUCAGCAUGCAGGAGACGGAGCUUGUCGUACUCCCGGCAAUCAUGACGCAGAAUCUCCAAGGGCCGACGUACUGGCAUCUGAGGGCCUGCCUCCGGGUGGGCAUGGAGCCGGACGAGGUCGAAGCCGUCCACAAGGUCAUCGAGCUGGUAGCGGCCUACGGGGGCAAGACGCUCGAUGUACAGCGCGUCAAGGACGUGACUGAUGCGUAA